GUGUAACCGAUUCAAUUUUAUUGUUGCUUCCCGUAUCAACACAACGUUUAUAACAAAAAAUCCAACAUCCGUAAAGAAUGAACUAGUCGAUAGAUUCAUGGCGGCCGGCGAUAAUACUACACCCAGUUUGUAUUUUUUACCAUUUAAUUCUGGCAACGGGUUAGAUUUUCUUUCUAAUAAUUUCAUUCUAAUCUAUGUAUAUCUUUUACGUAGAAAAUUUUCAUGCAUCUAAAUUUUUGUUUUAUUUUACAGUGGUCACUGGGUGUUGGUUGCUAUGGAUCUUUCGAGACUAAUGGUGUAUUAUCUCGAUUCGUUAUCGGGUGAUUGGAGUAAAUAUCCGAGUAUGAAGAAGACGGUUGACGCGGCAAUACUAAAAUUUAGAUCGAAAAAGAAUUACCGUAAUAGGAAGGACAUUACCUGGAUCAGAGUUCAGUGUCCUCAGCAAAACAAUUCGGUCGAUUGCGGAUUUUUUGUAUUGAGAUUUAUGAGAGAUAUCAUUGCGUUGAAUCGUAUAGACAUCCCAAAAAUGUACUUUGAGGAAUACAAAUCUUACUCAAGAGCUCAUUUGGAUGAAAUGAAGGAUGAAUUGUGUCAAUUCAUUGUUGAUCAAAGAAUCAUAUAGCUAGGUUGUAUAUUGUUGUACAUAUAUGUAUGGAAUGUUGUUGUUG